AUGGACGUGCUAUUCAAACGACAUCCCAAGGAAAAACUAACUCAAAUUCCUGAACUCACCAAAUGGUGGAACCAAAAAGGUGAGAAAAUUCCCGAGUUCUGUGAACGUCUUGCUGAUUUAAAGGUUGAUGUUACAUCAGAUAUUGACACCAUAUGGGAACAUUUACGACUUAUACCUCCAAUAUAUCCUGAUGAGGUAAAGAAAGCCCUACACAAAAUGUCCAACAAGAAAGCCAUUGGACCUGACGGAAUACCAGUGGAAGCUUGGAAAUGCUUAGGUCUUACUUACUUAUUUGGCAUUUUUGAAGAGAACAACAUACUUAGUAUGUUGUUCUCUUCAAAAAUGCCAAAGGCGUGGAGAUUGAGCACUAUAGUUCCCAUCUACAAGGGAAAAGGUAGUAAGUACGAGUGCAACAUCUACCGCGGAAUCAAGCUCCUCAGUCACACCAAAACUCACCAAACAAACCUCAGUCACACUAAAAGACUCAGUUCAUGUCCUUCAACGACCCAGAUACAAACAACAGUCCGAUUUCCAUCGAUGGACAAUUGGUCAAAUCGUGUGAUCAAUACAAGUAUCUGGGUAGUAUGA